UCUUAACGGAGGUGUGUAUUCGGUUUGGAUGCUGAGGAGGCUCGUCGGUGGCCGCACACUGUGAACGCACAGACGGUUUGUGUCGGUUCUGUCGGUCGCUGUGGCACCAAACUGUCGACAUCCAGCCGGUCAGAGAUGGCCCAGUGCUCCGAGCCUGCUAACGUUAGCUCCGAGGUGAACGGAGAGCUGAGGAAGGAGAGGAAGGUGGCCGUUAUCACCGGCAUCACCGGACAGGAUGGUUCCUAUCUCGCUGAGUUCCUGCUCGCAAAAGGCUAUGAGGUUCACGGUAUUUUGCGUCGUUCCAGCUCCUUCAACACUGGUCGCAUCGAGCAUCUUUACCAGAAUCCCCAGACACACACCGAGGGCAACAUGAAGCUGCAUUACGGCGACCUGACUGACAGCACGUGUCUGGUGAAGAUCAUCAACCAGGUGAAGCCUACAGAGAUCUACAACCUGGGCGCCCAGAGUCAUGUCAAGAUCUCCUUUGAGUUGGCCGAGUACACUGCGAACGUGGACGGUGUGGGUACGCUUCGUCUGCUGGACGCCAUAAAGACGUGCGGUCUGACCAACAGCGUAAAAUUCUACCAGGCCUCCACCAGUGAGCUGUACGGGAAAGUCCAGGAGAUCCCUCAGAAGGAAACCACUCCCUUCUACCCUCGCUCACCUUACGGUGCUGCGAAGCUCUAUGCCUACUGGAUCGUGGUGAACUUUCGAGAGGCCUACAACAUGUUCGCUGUCAACGGGAUCCUCUUUAACCAUGAGAGCCCGAGGAGAGGUUCAAACUUUGUGACGCGUAAGAUCAGUCGUUCUGUGGCAAAGAUUCACCUGGGCCAACUGGAGAGCUUCAGCCUGGGCAACCUGGACUCCAAGAGGGACUGGGGCCACGCCAAAGACUACGUGGAGGCGAUGUGGCUGAUGCUGCGACAGGAGGAGCCAGAGGAUUUCGUCAUAGCGACGGGGGAGGUGCACAGUGUGAGGGAGUUUGUAGAGAAGGCCUUCAAACAUGUGGGGAAAACUAUUGUGUGGGAGGGAAAGGAUGAGAAGGAGGUUGGCCGCUGCCAGGAGACAGGGGUGGUACACGUGAAGGUGGACCCUAAAUACUUCCGUCCCACUGAAGUGGACUACCUACAAGGUGACAGCACCAAAGCGUAUCAGAAGUUGGGUUGGAAGCCAAAGGUGACUUUUGAGGAGCUGGUGAAGGAGAUGGUGGACGCAGACGUGGAGCUGAUGAAGAAAAACCCAAACGCCUGAGACCAAAUCCGUCCGUGUGUCCAGGGUGGGGACGUUUUAGCACUCCAGUGUUCUGCCUCUGAACACCAGCAGUGGAAGGAACACCUUUUUAUUUUUACCUUCAGUAGAUUGAACCAUUCAUUGCCUUUGUAUCUUUGUCUUUUUUCUAACAUUGCAUCACUGAUUUACUUUUUAUUAUCACAUAGGGAAGAUGUCUUUUAUAUUUCAUCUCUGAUCAUGUCAUAAUUUAUAUAGAUUUAAAGAUUUUAACGGUUUAUUUAUGUGUCUCUGUUUCUUUAGAUUGUGGGCUGAGUUGAUUUGGGUGUCAGGUUUGACUUUCAUUCUUUCAGAGGAGGAAAUAGAAGAAUCUGUAAAGAAGGAGAAUGGAUUAAGAUUUUUUAUCUUUGAUUGGUAGAUAGGAAUUGAUGGGUUUAUUCACGAUCUGACAAAUGAACCACUUGGUGCAAUAAAGUUUGAUCUUUUUA